AUGCCAUCAUUCAGCGAAUCGCACAACCACCUUCCGAGACCAAUUCAAAACCAAGCCUUGCUAUCGUGGACUGCACCCAGAAUAUCAACGCCCUUUGAUGCCGCCAAGGCUCUUAUUGCAAAUGCAGUCAACUGCCCACUUCAAGUUGACGACAUUGUUGUCGUCUUGGACAAGGGUGAGUUUGGAGGUAUGACAGUGGGUUGCAGAUAUUCCAAGAGUGAAUAUCGAGUCUUACCCAACGAUCACGACUCUUUUUUCGGUACACUAUGCCUACCUGGAUGGUCUGCAUUAGGAAACAUUGACAAGUUCAACCGUGGAAAUUCUCUGGCCCAAAUCUGCGACUUUACCAGGAGUGAUCUAGUCAUUCAGUACAACCAAUGUACUCACGAAUUCACCCCCGACAUGGGUAUUGAAGUGAGAUAUGACAAUACAGGAGUCGUUAUUGGAAACUACCUCGCCAUGACACCCCAAAACACAUUCUGGGUCUUUGUACCUGCCAUUCCACCUCACAAUGACUAUCUCAUCUCUGAACUCGACAGUCAAGGGUCAAUCGGUGAGUUCAUGCUCAGACAAUCAAUUGAAUACCCCAGAAUUGGUUUCAGAUUGGACCUUGAUUCAGAUCCUGGCCUGAGAUAUUUCCUUGGUAGACGAAACUUGUUCGACAUUCCUUCUACUCCCAAGGCUACCGGUCCCAAACAAGCCAUUCGACAGCUCGUUUAUCACAAGUCAGAAUACCCUGAUCAAUAUCCUCUCGAACUCGUUACCUACUUGUGCCCAUGGUUGAAGUGGACAGAAGUCCCUCUAAACGAAAAGGAGGGCGACGUUGCUUCAAUUAGCUUCAUUUCGACCAAUCCACUCGUCAACUUGUCAAACCCCAAUGCUGAAUGGUUUUCCUUACAACCAAUCUGGAUCAUUGAUGGGUACUUUCAGGAAGACUUUAUUGGUCUCAAGAGUGCUCUCAAAAAGCUUUGGCGAGCAUCCAGACCUACACACCUUCAUCAAAUCGAGGACCCUCACAUCAUCUUUUACCUCAGAAUCAAGGUCAUGUUCUCGGACUUGCCAAUCACAAGGGAGAUCUUGAAUUCCUUUGAUGCGAUGAUGCUGCCAAAAACCUGA